GGAACCGUCUCCUCUGCUGCGCUCCCUGACCUUCUUGUCUCCUCUAGCACCAUCUAAGCGGGCGGGCCGGGCACGACCACUGUCAUCAUCAUGGCACCCAGGAAAUUCUUCGUAGGCGGGAAUUGGAAAAUGAAUGGCGACAAGAAGAGCCUCGGGGAGCUCAUCCAGACCCUCAACGGUGCUAAGAUCCCCGCAGACACCGAGGUUGUUUGUGGUGCCCCCUCCAUCUACCUCGAGUUUGCCCGCCAGAAGCUUGAUGCCAAGAUUGGUGUGGCAGCACAGAAUUGUUACAAGGUGCCUAAGGGUGCUUUCACAGGAGAAAUCAGCCCAGCCAUGAUAAAGGAUGUUGGAGUCACCUGGGUGAUCUUGGGACACUCUGAGAGGAGGCAUGUCUUUGGCGAAUCAGAUGAGCUCACUGGGCAGAAGGUGGCCCAUGCCUUAGCGGAGGGUCUUAGUGUCAUCGCCUGCAUUGGAGAGAAACUGGAUGAGCGAGAGGCUGGCAUCACAGAGAAGGUGGUGUUUGCACAGACCAAGGCUAUUGCUGAUAAUGUGAAAGACUGGAGCAAAGUGGUUCUUGCCUACGAGCCAGUUUGGGCUAUCGGAACUGGUAAAACUGCAACUCCACAGCAGGCCCAGGAAGUCCAUGAGAAGCUGAGGGGAUGGCUGAAGAGCAAUGUGUCAGAUGCUGUUGCACAGUCAACUCGCAUCCUCUAUGGAGGUUCAGUCACUGGUGGCAACUGCAAGGAACUGGCCUCCCAGCACGACGUGGAUGGCUUCCUCGUUGGUGGGGCCUCCCUCAAGCCUGAAUUUGUAGACAUCAUCAACGCAAAACACUGAAACCCAAUCUGUGGAGUCUAGAAAAAAGGUGGUGGCGGGGAGGCAUCAUGGACAGGAAACAAAUACUGUAAAAAAUAAAAAAUGUGCCCACCCUU